UUCUUCGAUUCACUUCGGAAAUUCUCGCAUCAUUUUUGGUAGUUUGUCGGUGACUCUCCCAACAGUAAAUCCUUUUUGGAAUAAAUUGUACGCAAUUCUGCAGCAAAAAAGACCGUUAUCAGCAAGAAAAAUCAUCAACGAUGGCAUACAAGCCGAUUGACUCGAGGCGCGAUGAGUAUCGCAAGUAUUUGGAGCGCAACGGCGUUAUGGAGACACUCACGAAGGUGUUGUGCAAGUUGAUGCUCCAGUACGAGAACGACAACAAGGACGAUGCCAUUGAUUUUAUCCGGAAGAAUUUGGGUGAUGCCGUCUAUGAGAAUGACUUGAUUGCGUCCCUGAGGACCCAACUCGAAGAGAGUCGCAAGGAGAUUGAGGAUCUCAAGAGGCAGAUUCGUGAAUUGAAAGAGGCAGGAGCAGCUGCUGUGGAUGAGGUGGCACCUUCAGCGUCAGAAGAACCGGUAUCUUCUCCGCGAGAGGAACCGGUGGCUUCUUCAAGGGAGGAACCGGUGGCUUCCCCGAGGGAGGAACCAGUGGCUUCUCCAAGGCAGGAGACUGUGUCAUCUCCACGGCAGGAACAGGCACCCGUGGAGACUGUAGAGGAGGGAAAGACAGAAGAAGCAGUGGCUGAAAAUCUGACUGAGCCAAAAACUGAUGAGCCAGCAGAAAAACCGACCGCCGAGCCAAUGAAAUCUGAUAGCGUGGAGGAAACCGCGGAGUCAGCAAAAGAAGAUACUCCGGCAAGUCCACCAGAAGCACCCAAGGAUGCUCCAGCAGAGGAAACCGCUUCGCCCAAAGAACCAGCAGAAGCCGACAAGGCAUAGACAGGUUUGCCAUCCUCAAAAAAAAAAAGUUGUGAAUUAUUUCCGUGAUAAUUUGCUACGUAAGAAGCCAUUUAAAGACUUUUCCUCCUCUCCUUAUUUUUUUUUUUUAGUUUUAAGUACACUCAGUUACUUGACCUUUUCCCUUUGAGAAAAGGAACAAAAAUUUCUCUCUUAAGUAUUUUUAUUUUAUUGAUUUUUGAAGUUCUAAUAUACAAAACGAAAGGUAACGCAAAGAGCAAUAAAAGACGCUCAUUUUUUUUUUGAAUUAAACAAAAUUUCUAUUAAUAAUUGCUCAGUGAGAAUUCGUUCUCACAACGGAAUGAACAUUCCAUAUCAAAAAUUUAAACACUAUCAAAAGAGAAAUAUAUUGCAAAAUAAAUCACCUUAAAAAAAUUAAUAUAUUACAAAAAGAUUUAGACAAUUUUUGGCAAAGAAAAAAAAACUAGUCGAAUAUUGUGAGGUGGUUUAGAGAUAGAUUUAUGAACUUGAAACAAUGUCAAAUGUCCUUGUAGUAUUUGAACACUGAAUUCCCAUCCUCCACUUCUCAUAAAAAAAAAAUAGCAGACUUGUAGAGAAAAGCACAAAAUACUGAAGUUUUAUAAAUUUGUGCCUUCUUCAGAACAAUGUGAAAGAAAAUUUAUGGAAUAACACAUGAAAUAAAGAACACAAUAAGCGUCCUA